GCGUGGCACUACACUUCUGCUUCCUCUGCAACUUCCUAUAUGAAUGUGCGCUGAUACUAAACGAAGGCCGACAUUUUUCUUUGAUAAAUCGAUGGAACCUGCGAUUAAAUUUAUCAACAGAAAAUUUCCUAACAUCGACUUCAGAGGCGGAAGUCAGCAGCUGAGCAGCGUUCAGAAGCAGAAAUCAGCCAUUCUGGAAACGUUCAGCAGCUUUUAUGAUUCUUUUAUUGACGUGAUGGAGUUCAGGGAUCAUGUGUACGAGUUACUUAACACCAUUGAUGCCUCUCAAUGUUACUUCAACAUCACGGUGAAUUUUGACUUUACAAAGAAUUACCUGGAUCUGAUUAUCACCUACAUUUCUGUCAUUUUAAUGUUGUCACGGAUUGAUGAUAGAAAAACUCUGAUCGGCAUGUACAACUGCGCUUACGAACUCUCUAAUGGUAGCAGCGAUCCGUCGUUUCCUCGACUCGGUCAGAUGGUCAUCGAGUACGAAAAUCCUCUCAAAAAACUCACAGAGGAGUUUGGACCUCAUACCAAGUCGGUGACAGAGGCAUUGCUGUCGCUACAGUUGGUUUAUCCUCGUAGGAACCUGCAGGCUGAACAAUGGCGCAGUGCUCAGCUCCUGAGCAUCAUUAACACCCCUGCCACCAUGAUUCACCCCCAAAACAGUACCACGAUUGCUUGUGAAUAUUUAUCAGUAGAGGUGAUGGAGCGCUGGAUUAUAAUGGGUUUCCUGUUGUGCCACAGCAGUCUAAAUUCAAACCCUGGCUCACUGGAAUUGUGGAAAAUGGCUUUAAGGAGUGGAUUUUAUGUCACACUCAUCAGAGAUGAAGUGAUUAACAUUCACAAAACAUCAGAGGAACAUUUCGACUCCAUAAAAGGAUUUGGAAAACGUGUUGCUGAUAUUAAAGAAUGUAAAGAACAUGCUACUGCUAACUGUGGAGCGAUACACCGAGAGAAACGACAAUUCCUCCGAAAUGCAUUAAAAGAACUCUGCAACGUCUUGGAGGAUCAGCCGGCUCUGCUCGGACCCAAGGUUUUGUUUGUGUUCAUGGCUCUGUCGUUUUCGAGGGAUGAGGUUCUGUGGUUGGUUCGACAUUAUGAGAACGUUCCCAAAACCAAAACUCCUGAAGAUUACACCGACCCACUGAUGGCAGAACUGCUGUUUUACAUGGAAAAGCUGCGAAUGUUGUUGCAGCGUUAUAACAGUGUUAUUCAGCGUUAUUACCUGCAGUACCUUUCUCGCUUCGAUGCUCUCGUACUCAACGACACUAUACAGGGUAUUGUUGUUUGUCCUGAAGAAGAAUCAGUGCUUAUGACUUCAUUUGUCUCUGACCUGAGUGCGCUGACACUUAAACAAUUGGAAGGUGGUGACGAGUUUGAUUUUAAAGCGCUUAGAUUAGACUGGUUACGGCUACAGGUGUACACCAGUGUGAGUAAAGCCCCCCUGGCGCUGAAGGAUUACUCUGAUUUAGCUAAAAUCAUGAACAUGACUCAGUUUCACACCAGAAUGAUGGAUGAUGUGGAGGAACUGCUGAUGGAGACCGCAGACCUGUCCAUGCUGGGGUUCUAUCCGAGAGUGUGUGAGCGGAUGUUCUCUCAGUGCAGUGAUGAAACAUCAGUACAGAGGUUCCUAAUGGCUUUUCCAGUUACCUGCUCUCACUUCAGCUCCUCUACACACACACUCUGUCCUGAAGAGGCAGAGAUGUUGGAGAAACAGACCCUAAGGUUGGUUGUGAUGUUUCUGGAGCAAAUUGCUCAUCUCACCUGUACUGUGUUCCUUGAUAUUUCUGCUGAACAGAGCAACCUGCACGAACAGCUGUUAGCAAAACACAGCGCUGAGACCAUCAGCACGGCUCGCAAUAAGAAACUGAAGAAACCUGCAGCAAAAAAAGGAGAAACGGUGAAAAAUAAACCAGGAACAGAGAGCCAGAGGAAGGACCGAGCUGUGGUUACAAAUAUGGACAAGCUACACUUGGUGCUGACUGAGCUCAGUUCCUCUUACAGUUUCUGUUCUGACUUCAGUGUGUUUAAUCACCUCAUCGUUCCUGUAGAGUUCCUCAUCACCCAGCUGGAACAGCGCCUUAUCAAGAUUAUUUUGCGUUCGGCGAACUUUAACCCCACCACACGGCAGAUCGCUCGACCCUCGGAGCUGCUGGCACUGACAGAAUCAUACAUGAGCAGCCUACAAACCCUCAGUUCCCUGAUCAGUAUGGACGUCAGCCGUGUGAUGAGGAGUGUCCUGCUGCAACACACUCACCCCCUUGAUUCAUAUGGAUCACAGACCAUCACCACCCUCUACACAAACUGGUAUUUGGAGAGUUUACUGCGGCAGGCGAGCAGCAGGGUAAUUGCUCACUGUCCCACAAUGCACUGCUUCAUCAACCUCAAUGUGGAGAACGAGCAGAACUUCAAAGCUGAGGAGUUCUCCGAUAUCUGUGAAUUAAGAGCUCUGGCUGAGCUGAUUGGUCCGUAUGGAAUGAAGUUUCUUGGAGAGAAUUUAAUGUGGCACAUCACCUCCCAGAUCACCGAAAUUAAGAAGUUGGUGGUUGAGAACAUGGACGUUCUGGUGCAGAUCAGAGCAAACUUUGAUAAACCUGAAACCAUGAGCAACCUGCAGAAGAGACUCACUGGUUGUGAGAAUGUUUUGAAGAGAAUGACGAUUAUCGGGGUGAUCCUGACAUUUCGUACCAUGAUCCAGGAAGCUCUGGAGGAGGUGAUGCAGAAACACUGUCCUUUUCUUAUGGGACCGAUCCAGUGUGUUAGAGACCUCAUUCUACCUGAAACUGAUAUCAAGGUGGUGAUGAGUGUGUAUGAGUUGGCGAGUUCAGCUGGUAUACAGUGUAAUAUCAACCCAACACUUGUUGCAGCUAUUGAUAAUAUGCGCUCAGAUAACUCAUCGAUGGAGGAGGAUUAUAAACUCGCCUGUUUAUUGCUGGUUUUUGUUGCCGUUUCUCUGCCUAUUCUCGCCAUCGAUCCAAACUCCUUCUACAGGCGAGAACAUGGAGGUCACCAGAACAACAUCCACUGUGUGUGUACAGCCGUGAAUCAGCUUGCUGCUGCGCUGUUUACUGUACAGAACAAAAACAUUGAGGAACACCUCCGAGAGUUCCUACUGGUUGCAUCAUCUGCGUUACUGCAGCUUGGACAGAACGUGGAUAAAAUUGAAAUGAAACACAGAGACUCAGUUUACCUGCUGCUGGACAUGAUUGUGGAUAAAUCACCGUUCCUCAGUCAGGAUGUUCUGGAGAGCUGUUUUCCUUACGUUCUCCUGAGGAACUCGUACAGGGAGGUGCACAAGACCUUCAUCCACACUGUCGGAUAAAAACACCUCUGAUUAUUUACCUUCUCUAACAGAGUCGUGUGUGUUUGUGUGUUAAUGUGAGAGUUUGUGCAGAAUUAGUGAAGCUUUACUCACCUGAUGAGGUUCAUUAAGAUUCAGUACCUGAGCGCAUCUGUUCUAUCACUGUUACUCUUCUAACUAUAGAUCAUUUAUUAUUAAUGUCUAUAUUUUAAUAAAGGUAUACAUUUAUAAAACAAUCACUGUUUAAUCAAUAGCAUAACCAUGAAAGUAAUAUCAUUAAAACAAUAAAUAGAUUGAAUGAUU